GGCUGGAUCAUCACUUCACUUGUAGUUUGGGAGAGAGAUAGAGACAUGGGUAACCUCUCUUUUUCAGCUGCAAUUCUACUUCUCAUCUUUUUAGUUUUCCAUUCUUGCUCCCAACAAGCAGGCGGCCAAUCGCCACCUCUACCACCACCAGGUUGCCCAUGCGCUCCUCCCCUUCCCCCUCCACCUCCGGGCCGUCCUUCUCCCACUCCACCAAAAACUCCGCCAGUUUGCCGAUGUCCCCCUAAACGACGCCCUCGCCUUGCACCAGCCCCCAUUCCGCCUGAACUCUUAAGGGACAUUCGCACAAUCCAAAGAUUCAAGAAAAGAAUAACUUACGACCCACUAAACAUUACAAAGACUUGGAGAGGCAGAAAUAUCUGCACAGACCCUACUGUAUACAAAGGCUUCAUUUGUGGCAAAAUCAAUAAAACCGACAGGAAUCGAGUUGCUGGAGUCAAGUUCAACGGUUUCAACUUCAAUGGCAACCCACUAAAUGUCACAGACUUCAUUGAAGAUCUCAAAGACCUGGUCUUCUUCCAUGCAAACUCCAACAACAUCUCCGGCCCCACACCCGCCAGAGUUGCCCUGCUCCCAUAUUUCUUCGAGCUCGACUUCAGCAACAACAAGCUCACCGGAUCAUUUCCAAACGAGAUUCUAGGUGCUACCAACUUGACCUUCAUGGAUGUUAGGUUCAAUCAACUCACUGGUUCGGUGCCACCUCAAGUAUUCAGACAGGACCUCGACGUUCUCUUCCUCAACAACAACAAGUUCAGUGGAAGACUACCGGCAAGCAUAGGCAGCACUCCCGCACUUUAUCUCACCUUAGCAAACAACCGAUUUACCGGUCCAAUCCCGAAAACCAUCAAACAUGCUGCCACCACACUGAUUGAGGUGUUGUUUCUGAACAACCAGUUGUCCGGCUGCCUCCCGUAUGAGAUUGGGCUGUUGAAGAAAGUAACCAUUUUCGAUGCCAGCAUCAACAAGUUGACAGGCCGGAUACCAUAUUCUUUGGGUUGCAUGGCAAGGAUGCAGCAGCUGAACUUGGCAAAUAACCAGUUGUAUGGGGAGAUACCAGAGAUUGUGUGCAGGCUCAAGAACUUGUACAAGCUUACCUUGAAGAACAACUACUUUACAGUGGUUGGACCUCAAUGCAGGAAGUUGAUUACGAAAAAGGUGCUUGAUGUAAGUAUGAAUUGCAUUGCAGGUCUUCCAUCACAAAGAAGCAAACAGGAGUGUGACGCCUUCAAGAAGCAGCGAAAUCCCUGCUUAGCAGAACAGAGGAGGUAUCAUCACGUACCUUGUCAGAUUGCUAAUUCUACUUCGCAGGAAAUGUCCGAGUCUGAGGACGCACCAGCACCAACGCCUUCAAUUGCUCCAUCGCCAUCUUAUGCUGCUCUAAUCAAGCAUGGCUAAUCAAAUGAUUUGUCAAGUAGUAAUAACUCUGCUAAGUGUGCUAUCUUUCAUGGUUUCAUUUGUGUGUGUAUCAUCAAUUCAGUCGAAUUGUACUAGAAUUAUUUGCUAUCUUUUAUGGUAACAUUUUUGUGUGUAUUGUAGUAGAAUUGGUUUGCUAUCUUUUAUGGUAAGAUUUUUGUUUGUAUCAAUGCAGAAGAAUUGUAGUAGAAUUACUAAAUAAAGUGAGAAAAUAAACCUUCA